AACUUUAGUUUGUCGACGCGCGUCUGAGCGACACAACGGCUCCGUCCCCUCCCACCUCGAUUUCCCUCCGAUCUGUAAACUCACAUAUCACAUAUCACGAGGAAGGAGCUCGAGAGUUGUUUUGCACUCUCGUUACUCUGCUGGGCCCGGUCCGCGGAUCGCUCUCGUUCGGUGUUCUCGUGUCGCGUGCGCGGCUCGCUGGUGAGAUCGUCCCUCGUGCUCUCAGGUGACCUUCGCCGGGGACUAAGAGUCGCGGAAAAGCGCGAAAAGCCGGUUCAACUUUUUCGCGCUCGGUUAUUCCCUGCUACGCAGUUUGCGGACAUACGACGCCCCGAAACGAACGUACGACCAUGGGAAGUUCAUUCUCCUAGCACAAAGCACCGGGGGACCAACAACCAAACUGCGCGCAGCUCCACGGCCGGCGUGUCGCCGAGACUGGGAACAAAACUCUCGCGUUCUCCGUGCUCUCUGCCCCCGUCUGAUUUAAACUUCUUUUGACACUCCCCCGUCCAUUAUCUUCGUAAAGAAGGCUUCGCAAUAACGAAGCUCCGUCGCUUCGCAAAUAAUCUUAAAACUCGCGUUCGCUUAUUACUCGAACUGUAUUUAAGACGCGCCAGUGAAAAACAGCCUAGUUAUGUUCUCCAUAGAAUACAGCAAGCAAUUUCUGAGCUAUCGCAUACUAAAGUCCAACCGUUUCAAGUACAUCUGACGAUACGAACUCGGACUAAGUGUUGCUUAAACUUAUCACGGUAAAAAGCUUCGAAUCAACGACGCAAUUCGUGUUGUACCUCCUCCGAGAAUUUUCGAUACCGCGGGCAUAAGUUUUCUCAGCUUGUAAAACGGAAAAAAUAAGUGCGCGCCAAAGUAUCCGAGUGCGCGGAGUGCGUCUUUAAUACAGGGGGCUUUUUGCGAAUGCGAGGCUCAGCGAUUGAGAGGAGGACGCAAAAUAAAUAGAGAGAAAAAGGAAGCAUUUCCUCUUUCUCAAUCGGAAAUCCCAGCAAGACCUGGAAAGUCUUGUCGGUGCAAAGCCGCUCGGAAUCGCCGAAACGAGCAUGAAAAGAAGGGAAUCGCUGCACCAGAAACGACCAAUAAGCAUAUAAAUACGCGUUUACGAAUAUAUAUAAAGCGCGCGAGUAUCGAGCGUCUCGAUAAAAUCGACGCAGAGUUGACAAAAUUGAGGAUUCAUCAUGAGACUCAAUUGAUCUGGGAACGGCUGAAAAAGCUGUUUUUUUUUACUGCUCAGUAGAAACGAAAAAAUUAUAAACAAUUCGGCCUCUUUGACGAUCGACGCGCGUGGCUUGCACUUUUAUCCAAAAAUUCUUCGUACGAAAAUCGAUUUCUCGAUCUGUCAACACCGAAAUUACGUCUCUGACCGUCCUCUUUCCAUAUUUUUCUCUCAUUUUCGAGUUCCACUUGCUUUUUUUCUAAUUUGGCGAAAAUGAUUGUUUACGUUCCUGGCAGAAUGCCAAGCCACGUUGGCCCGUACGGAGCCGCUCGUUACCCGGGCACUCUUCUGGGCGCCGCGGUACCGAGUUACUACAACACUCCAACGGCCUACGCAACCAGCAACAACAACAAUCUUCAUCAUCAUCAUCAUCAUCCGUCAAACACCAUUAGUUACUACACCUCUAAUCUGAAUCUCCAUCAAACUCCGCUGGACCUUCCGGUUUGGCCGCGAAGGAUGCCCACCGAGGACGAGCUCGGUACAUCGCCACCGGCUGGUCUCGGUAGUCUCGUUACGUCGACGGGUGGUCUCGCCAGCGGCGGCCCACCCAGCCCAGCCCACAGCGACUCCGACGCCUCUAACUCCAGUCUUGAACUUGGCUCCGUUAGGAGGGGAGAAAACGCACAAUUGAAAUGCAGAUGGCUAAAUUGCGGACGAUGGUUCGCCUCUCUGGAACAGCUGGCUGGUCACGUGGCGAGAUUGCACGCUGGCCCUGGUCCCGGUGGACUUUUUUAUUGUGGCUGGGAAGGUUGUGCUCGUGGUGAACGUGGCUUCAAUGCGAGGUAUAAAAUGUUGGUCCACGUUCGGACGCACACGAACGAGAAGCCGCACCACUGUUUUCAAUGCGACAAGAGUUUCAGCAGAGCAGAGAACUUGAAGAUUCACGCGAGAUCUCAUACGGGGGAGCGUCCGUACGUGUGUCCUGUGGAGGGCUGUAACAAGGCGUACUCGAAUUCGUCGGAUCGUUUUAAGCACACGAGAACGCACGCGGUGGACAAACCAUAUUGCUGCAAAGUGCCGGGGUGUCCGAAGCGUUACACGGAUCCGUCGUCGUUGAGGAAGCACGUGAAAACUUAUCGGCAUUACGUUAACAACAACAACGAUAAAAUCGGAGGGGAAAAGAGCUUCGAAGACAACAACAGUAGCAUGGAGAAAGGGAUGUUUGAGAGUGGGACGGAAAUCAGAAGCAGCACGGAGUCGGACUCGAAGAAAGACUCGAGCAUCGAGAGCACAGCUUCGUCGACGAGCAGCCCACGAGCGAGUGCGAGUUUCGAGGAGCAAAGGAAGUUCGUCGAGUGGAACAACAUGUACAAUCUCGGUGAAGGAAUGAAAAAGGAAGUUGAAGAAAUCACCCCACCUAAGAAUCACGAGGAGCAAACGAAGCAGCUUCGUUAUCCAAGGAUCUUCGACGAGAGUUACGUGACACCAGAAAAAAUGCCAAUUUACCACUCGAACCGGAUCGGAAAAGAUCGUUCGUUGACGAGCUCGCCACAGACGAGCCCCUGCCACGUGCCCGAAGUUCUGCUCCCACGAAUCGGCAUGCAAUCGACUCCCAUCAAAUCGGAGCAGGAACCCAUGGAAGUAACGAGCAAAACGAGCUGCGUGGAUUAUCGAAACAUCGAAUCGAUCGUCAACAGCACACCCUGCAAAAAAGAAACACCGAUCGUCAAUCCAAUCAGACAUUCUGUCAUAAAACGAGCUGAAAAUGUUAAAAUGGACGUUACCGAAAGCCCCAAAGACGAAACGAGUCCUCAGGCCAAUGAGAGUUGCUGCUGUCGUCACAAAUGCUGCGUUCACAACAACGAUAACAUUCUGGAAAAAACAAAAAUACUGUCAGAUUUAAUAAUGAAAACGAGAGAUCCCAUUUUUCGACAUUUACUCGGAUCCGUCGAUCUUCGAUACGAGAUACAAAAUAUGUGGAGCAACGUCGGUGAGGACAACUCGAGGGACUCGGUAGUCGAAGAUUUGAGGGUUAAAAUCGACGACAGAGUCACUGAUAUGGAACAAGAUCUUCCCCUCGAUCUGACGAUCAACAAAUGAAUCGAUCCACCGGGGAGUCUUGUCAACAUUUGCCAAAUAUAUAUACGUACAUAUAUAUAUUUAUAUUGUAAAAAAAACAAUGAGAAACAAAGAAAUUUAGCUGGUCUACGUUUUCGUUGCUCGGGUUCGAAUGGAUAAUACGAAACCCCGGGCAACGAUCACCUGGAAAAGCUCAGAUUCAAUUUCGAAGUCCUCCUCUUGUGGAGGAAUAUCAAAUCGAGAAUCGAGCAGUCCCAAAAUCUCCUCAUUCUUCUAUUAAAAAGCCAUUCCGUUCUGAUCGGAUUGCAAAGCCAAAUAUAUUAUUCUAGUACUUCGUGAGUCGUGAAGAUUUAACAAACAAAAAGUAUAGAAUCAAAAAACGAAACAAUCGAGUCAGAAAACACUCCGAGGAACCUCGAAUCAAAAUACAAAAGAGUUGCUCAAUUCUUUAACGCGUUAAGUUAAUCCGCUUCGUCGUAUAUUGAAUUAUUUUUUUCUUUGGCAUCGAGUAGUCUGGAGACUGGAAUUAUCUUUGGAAAUUAUCGUUCGUCAAAUUUUACUUGGUUUUUCAAAAUUCCAAUUUUCGUAUAAAUGAGAAAUGUUUUUUUUUUUUUUGGGGGGGAAAUCCUUCGAAUCUUUUUUUGUAGGCGGACGAGCUUGAUUAUUGCUCGGAAUCGAGAUACAAUGGCGGAAAAAAAAGUUUAUCAGCCCCUUUGCAUCGCGGUUUCGAGCCGCUUCUACUCGUCUCAUGUGCCAUUCGUUUUAUGUACAUAUAUCGAUCGAGAAUUGAAGAUGCGAUCUGUCGCGAACCAAAAGUGCCUUAGCCACAGCGUGCUGUGCGAAUGAGAGAGUGAGAGUGAGAGAGAACGGAUGAAAAAGAAAAUUACGAUGUUAAGCAACUCAAUAAAGACAAAAUACAUUAUUUAUAAAAGAUAA